CGAACACGUGAAUAUCUCAAGCAAUUCAAUCUUAAACGUAAUCUAUUUCAAUAGACGGCGUUAAUAGAGUUCAUAUUACAUCAGCGCUUGAUUUUUGUAAUGAAUCACUCCUGUGCUAAUUUUUAAUUAAGAGUUAAUUGUACCCGAACUCUUACCUUUAACAAGCCACACUAAUGCUUUAGAGUAAAAGAAACUGUUAAAUGUCGCUCUUUCGGCGAGUGUGGGUUAAAGUCCCACCCACAGUAAGUCCCGCCCCGACAUUAAAAUCAUUCAGACCCGUUGAUCAGCGUGUCAUUGUGCUCUGCGCUUUGUCUUUGAGACUUUCUCACCAUCUUUCACACUGAGUCAAGAACCUCAUCCUCAAUCCACAAACAUGCGACUCAUCCAGCCGGGACUGUGUCAUAUCCUACUAAUCACCACUGUAUUAUACACCACUGAGGCAGUAACAUCAGGAUGUCAGACAUGGAAUAUUAAGGGUGACAAAGUCUGCUGUGAAAAGUGCAACCCAGGUAACCGCUUGGUGGCACAAUGUGGUCUAGAUCGCAGUGUACUCUGUACACCAUGUAAACCUAAUACAUUCACAGUUCUUCCACUGACGCCUUACUGUCACAGAUGCACGCAGUGUAUAGAUCCGCAAGUCCAGGAGAAACCCUGCAAUGCCAGCGCAGACACUGUGUGUGGAUGCAAAAGUGGGUUUCGUUGUGGAGAUCAGGAGUGUACCUAUUGUAUUGAGGAGUGCACAAAGGGUCAAGAGCCAACAGAUGAACGGGAUUGUAGAAAAUGCCCAGACGGAACCUUCAAUGAUAAAAUCCACAGUGCUUGUAAACCUUGGACGAAAAGGUGUCCUGAAGGAGAGCAAAUUAUUGUCCACGGGAAUGAAUUCAGCGACAUUCAGUGCGGCAAGGGACCAGAUGCCACAUCUUCAGAUAACUUUUUCUAUCCACUCAUUGGAAUUUUUGCUGCCAUUUCUGCACUCAUUAUCAUUCUCUUUUUAUUGCUGUGGUUCGCCUAUAAAAGAACAAAAAACAAGAGCCAAAGCAAGGACCUAAAGCCAACUACUCCAUCCCAAGGAGAGCUCACUAUUAUGAUGGUGGAGCAUGAAGAAGCUUGUAGCUUCCAUCAGCCGGAGCAGGAGCAAGGCGGCAGCUCCGAGUCCAUCAACACGCAAGACUCGGAAUCGAAACUCAUAGUGUGAACUCUGGAUUAUUUUGUGGAGUCUUUCUUCAUGCUGAACUUCAUGGGAUAUUGAACUUGGUGCUGUGUGUUUUAUACAUACUGCUUUGGUGCAGUCUUGAGAUGGAGCAUUGGACAGAGAGACAGGUGGAAUUUUCUUGGCAGGCUAUUUACAUAUGGAAAGUCCUAAGUGAGACCUACAUGAAAUAAAAAAUAGUAGGCUAAUAUGCCAAAUGUUGACGUGAGAUAUUUUGAGUAAUAUCAAGCAAGCAAGUGCGAAAGAGAGAGAGAGAGAGAGAGAGAGAGAGAGAGAGAGAAACAGAGAGGCGUGCUUGCUGCUCGGUUUCGUAGGAGGCUUGACACUUCUUAUAGAUGUGGGCGUCUCCUACAGACUACUUCGUCACACUUGUAAGUCAUAGACGUGUUGAAAUACCCUGGUGGGCUUCCCCCGGUUUCCUGCUUUAAAUGGCACUACUUUAAAUGUCUCGUUUUAGAGACUUGGACACGGUUUGGGGGAUGAUGAUCGAAAAACAUUUUUAAAAUUGCUAAACUUCCUGGCACUGGCAAAAACCUCUCUUAUCAUCUUCUGAGAAGAUGAUUUUGCAAGCACUUCUUUUGAAAUCCACUGUACAGGGACUCAACCAUGUGUAAAGAAUGUGCUGAUUUCACAGCUGUAAAUACGAUUAUUUAAAAUUGUGUAAUAUACAAAGGGAACUUUGAAACUUUCUGGAACAUGACAUGACAGAGGGACACACAAGGGAACGUGCUGCCAGGGCUUCCCCUGGAAGGACUCCUGCGGUGUAGAUCAGUAAGAACCACUGGAGCAAAAGAGGAUUUGGGAGAAAUUAAACCCAAUGAACUAGCUCUGUUAAAAAAAAAAAAGAAAAAGAAAAUUUGGCUGAAUCCCAAACCAGAAAGCAAAACUGAACCCGAUACUAACCUUGUAAUUACAAUAUUUGGCGGUUUUAUUAUGUUUAGUGCUUUCGGUGACUCAGUGAACUAUAGAAUACGUGACUCAUAUGCCAUGACAAUGCUUUAAUGGCAAUCAUUUCAGCUUUUCUAAACACUUAAGGACAACUCAUACCUUCAGCAAUGCACGUGGGUGUGAGUCACGCGAGUUGAAAUUCUUUCACUUGCCUUCCCAGGAAUAAUCUCAAUUCUUCUCAGGUUGGUCUUUAGGGAAAAUCCACCCACACCUGGCGGUUUUGCACAACCUAGCUGUGAUUACUUUAGAUAACUACAUCUGGGGUGUAAACUUAACCCGGAGUUGAUCUCUAAUAGGAAGAAUAUGAAGCAUUGCCCAUCUAUCAGCAAUCAAAACCAGUUAGGAAUCCCCCGGUGAAUGCUCUGCAGAGAAUGCUAAACGGAAAGAGACACUUAAGAGGAUCUGUUUCUCUCCCAUCCACCACCAGGAAAAAAGAAUUGGCUGUGCUCCAACACACGGAAUGUUUCUAGUUAAAGUCAUAUCAUGUCAGAUGACCUUUGUAUCAAAGCCAUUUUGAAAUGUAUUGUACUAUUUUUAGACUGUGUCAAUGCUACUGAAUAUGUCAUACAGCAUUCAGUUAUCAAUAUGUUUUUAUACAAUUUUUUUAGCCAAAUCCUUGUGCAAUAUCAUUUCUGUUAAAUAAAAAAAAAAAAAAAGUGUAUAAACAACCCCUUUUCUUCUGCGUUCGACUGCAAGGAGUGCGUCCUGUUUACUUUACAUUAACAGAAAGAAUUUUUACAUCACUAUUUACAUCCAUU